GCUUCCGGCCCGGCGGCAGCGACCUCGGCGGCGGGGACAGCGCCCACUGGCCCGGGGGCGAGCGAGCGAGCAAGCGAGCGAGCGGCGGCAGGAGCAGCGGCGGAGGCGGAAAAUAUGAAGGAUAUUCUUGUGAUAUAUGAACAAGAAGCAGAAGAGUGGGCUCUGUAUUUAAAAUCUCUUUUUGGACACAUAGUGAAUGAAGGAGGAAUCUUACUCUACGAUAUAGUGACUUCGUCUUUCAAGCAUGAGGAGCUGUGCUCUUUACCCUCUUAUAAAUGUAAACUCCUGAUACUCUCGUGUGGACUUCUUAACUGCCUGAAUCGAAAGAGAAGUUAUUUUCUGAAGCAAGUUCUAAAACCUCUGGAUAAUGUGGUGAUUCUACUUUGUGGGGUACAGAAUUCAGAGAUUCUUUAUGAGAUACUAUCCUUAGAUGGAGGCAGCAAAGAGAUUUCCACUGAUCAAGAACCUGAGGAAUAUCUAUCUGUUGUUACUGGAAUUAUUCAACCAGGUAAGCCACAAAAUGAAAAUCCUGGAGACUCUUUGUCUUACAUCUAUGAAGCAGUUCUUGCAGAUGAUCACCAGGCUAGCUCUGAUGUGAACUUGUCAGAUGUCAGGGGAGCAUCAGAAAAAACAGACCUCAGUUUCAAAACAGAGGUACUUUCUGAAACAUUAGAAACUAACAAGCAGUCGAUUUUGGUGCUUCCAGGAAGAAUAUCAUGUGAGAACCCUGGUGAGAUAUUCAUUUUGUUGAAAGAUGAAAUAGGUGAUGAAACUUUAGAAAUUGAAUUCAUAGCAGAUAAUCAACGAAUUAGGAUACAGCCACCCUCUUGGAAUAAGAAGGUCAAGUACAUGAAAGCCUUAGAUUUUCCUGCUGGCCCUGUAUAUAUAAAUGUCUACUGUGGGGGAGUCAUUAAGACCACAGCACAGAUUGAGUACUAUACUGCACUAGAGGAGAUUGAGCACAGUUUUAAGAAAGUGGCUGAUCCAAUAGCUUUCACUUGUCAGGCUUUUAAAUUUUCUUCUGUUGAGAAGCUGGACAACAUUAUGACUUUGUUAUUGAAAAGCAAAAUAUCUUCUUACGAAUUCAGCCCAUUCCAAAGUGAAGAGAGGUGCCAUCAACAAGCUAAUAGCCAUUUGGAAGAAUUUCCUACUCUCCUUCACUGUGCAGCCAGAUUUGGAUUAAAGAACCUUGCAACAUUUCUACUCAGUUGUCCUGAGGCCACACGGGCUUGCAAAAUAACCGACAAAUAUGGAGAUGAUCCAGCAAGUAUCGCUGAGAAACAUGGGCACAGAGAACUAAGAAAAUUAAUCAAAGAAUUGUCAAUUAAUACUGCAGAUAAUUUCACCAAUUGUACGGGGGAAGCAGAAGACGAUGACACUUAUGUGCUUAUGUCAGGUUCAGAAACUCUACCAGCCGUGACACUAAAAGCCAAGCAGAACCCAGGAGAUCAAUAUGGAAUUGGAUCAAGAUGCCAACAAGAAGCCAAGGUGGAUCAGGAAAAGAAAGAUGAUGUAGAAGACAGCAUAGAGGAGACAGAACAUGAAGAUGAAGAGGAGGAAGAUUCAUACAGCUUUCAAAACAGUCCUGACAAUUUGUACGCCAGCAUACCUGAUGAUCUCGAAGAGAACAGAAGAGGCUGCUUUUUCUGUAAGAGGCCACCCCCUCCUCCUCCUCGAAAUCUGCCUGGCCUCCUAAGACGGGACGAUCUGCACAAUUUAUCACAAGAGAGGAAUUUUGUGGAGGAUGGAAGUGAAAGAGAACAUGGUAAUGGACUCAUAACAGCACGCUACAGAGAAGACCAAGAUACAUGCAAGGAAGACAGCAAGGAGGAAGACCCAUACACUUUUGCAAAACUGGAUGAAUCUGUGUAUGAUUUCAUACUGGCUGAGGAGGACGGGAAGAAAAGGAAUGAACACAGGUCUUUUAUCUUGAACAGGGCACCAGCCCCUGCCCCUCGUCCCAUGUGUUUGCCAGUCAGAGAGGAGAACACUCCCUAUAUAGUACAAGUGUUUCAGCAAAAGGCUGCUCGAGUGCCCAGUGAUGACAGGACGUACUGCAAUGCCAGGAAGCCCGGAGCACACAGAGGCCACACUGACACAAUAACUGAUAGCACUGCGAAAUACAACAUCUCUGCUGAACAGGAAGCACUCAUCCACUUGCAGAAACAGGUGAAAAAGGGGGCAAUUUCUGUGGAUGAAGCACUUGACAGAUUUAAACAGUGGCAGAAUGAAAAACAGGGACUACAGCCCAGUCAACAGGAAAAAAUGCACCACCUUAGAGACACCACUAUUGGAAACAGACUAGAAAAGGAAAAUCUGAAUGUUCCUAAGGAAAGCAGACCAGACAACAUUCAUUUUAGAGACCUUUUGUUCCACAUGCCAUUUCAUAAAACGUCUCCAACUAGGAGCCUAACAGACAAGGAACAGAUGCCUAAUUAACAGAGGCACUGAAUUUCUUCAGGUCGUUGAUCUCUGCAAGAACAGUCUGUGCUGAACAGCUCUGAAAGUCAGAGUUAGAUUUUCUUCUUCAGUUUCCUUUCCUUCAGAUGAGUUCAGGACAUGAAAGUGUCAGAACAAAAGGCUACCGUUUUAGAUAUCAGUAGUAUUUGCAAUUUUGCAUUAUUAUAGUUACAAAAGGGAUUAAAUAAUAUUUGCUCGCAUUGUAACAAAACGACACAAUGUAUUCCUGAAGGCAUGUAAUUUGAAAGGUUUUGUUAGCUAAGUUACUUUGAUUAAGUUGCCUCUCCAACUUUUCCAAGUGGGGGGAACAUGUUACACUGUUGUAGUGUCAUUUUUGUGGCACUGAAAAUGGAUAAUCUUCAUUGAGGUCUUUUCUGCCACCCUUCUCUCAUGCAAAAAAGAACACAGCUGCUCCGUGUGAGAACUGUGUUCCCAUGUCUCAUUUUUUGAGCCACCUGCCCUCCUGCUCACUGGAGUACAGUGCCCACACCAUAAAACAAUAGGUACCUCCUCUGCUGCUGCUUAUCCGCUAGAUCACUUGUUCAGGCCCCCCUCCUCCAAAGUUCUCAUAAGACCCAAAAAAUUGGCCUUCUGGCAUGACCUGAAAAUGAAAAAUUUUAACUCCUCCUUCAAGAGGCAGCUCAACUCCUACAUGGGUUUUCCUAACAGAGCUGUUUCCUUGAGUGGGGCUGAAGUCACCUACACUAAAUGCGUAAAAAAAAGCUUUGAAUGUUAAAAGCUCUGAAGUUGGAGAGAACUAUUAUGAAAAACUUGGUAAUAGCAGAGGUGCUUAUAAAUUGCGGAUUGCUAAAGUGAGAUGAAUCGUUCAAGGGGGUGAGGGGGAAUUACCCCUGGGAUCAGAAUAGGUGAUCUGUUGCUUUUAGACAUUGUUAUGUGGGAGAGAGAAGGUGAAUUAGAUGUGGGAGAACUUGAAAAAUACAAUUUACCCAGCAUAUUCAAUCGAUUCUGUUUGUGAAUUAUCCACACCAAACUCCGAGGAUCUCCUCUUCUGCAAAGUACAGCUUUGCCAUAGCUUUCUCGCUGUUUUCUGUCUUUGGAUUGGUUCAGAGGCCUUAUAAUCCCAUAGCACUAAAUUUACUAGUAUUUGAAAAGCAAAGGGUUUAUGUAGAGGCACAUGUGCCACAGCUGUAAAGUAGUAGAAUGGCCCUGGCAAGAUUAAAAAAACUUGGUGGUUUGGGGGUUGCUUUUUUUUUUUCUUCUCUAACGCCACUUUCAGGGAGAUCAGCCUGACAGAGAGAUGAGGUUUUAUAUAAAGAUAUAUUGCGUGCUUUGGUUAAUUAUUGUUAAACUCAUUUCAAUUUUUCCGUAAUGCUUGAUAGUUUUUAAAGAGUAGAUCAUAUACACAGAAGAGGACGAUCAUGAAAAGUUGUGAAGAUUAUGAAGUUAUAAUACAUUAAAUUUAGUUUUUACUUUUUGUUAAGACUUUUUUUAUAAGCUUUGUCUUUCCUAGGAAUAAUAAUUGUACUCAUCACUACUUCAAACAGUUGUACUCAAAGUAAAGCUAAUUUCUAAAGUCAAACUAUGUAAAUCAGUACUAAUUAUUUACUAAUGCAUUAAAGUGAUUACAAGAAUCGGGUUUACAAGGAAA